UACGGUCUUCGAUUGGUCGGUUUCCGGAGCGCUCCCGGCCAAUGAGGAAAGGCGCUGCUUUGGCGCCUUCCUUGAAGCGGGUCGUUCUUUGCCGCCAUUGUUCCCUUUCCCGGCUGGUCAUGUUCCUGACAGACUUUCGGAAGGAAUUUUACGAGGUGGUCGUGGGCCAGCGGGUGCUACUUCUGGUGGCUCCGGACAUAGAUGCAUUAUGUGCUUGUAAAAUUCUCCAAGCUUUAUUCCAGUGUGAUCAUGUGCAAUAUACAUUAGUCCCAGUCUCUGGAUGGCAAGAACUGGAAACAGCAUUUCUAGAACAUAAGGAUCAGUUCAAGUAUUUUGUGCUCCUAAACUGUGGGGCCAACAUUGACCUGCUGGAAAUCCUUCAACCCGAAGACGAUACUCUGUUCUUUGUUUGCGAUACACAUAGACCUAUCAAUGUGGUGAACAUUUACAAUGAGACGCAAGUCAAACUCUUGGUCAAGCAAGAUGAUGACCUCGAGGUUCCUGCCUAUGAUGAUAUUUUCAGGGAGGAGGAAGAGGAGGAGGAUUCUGGGAAUGAAAGCAACGGAUCAGAGCCUGCAGGAAAACGGAGGCGAUUUGAAGAGGAAGUGGUAGAAAGAACAAUGAAAAGACGCGAAAGAAGAGAGUGGGAGGCACGCAGACAAGAAAUUCUUUUUGACUACGAACAGUAUGAAUAUCACGGGACAUCAUCUGCCAUGAUGAUGUUUGAUUUGGCGUGGAUAAUGUCCAAAGACUUGAACGACAUGCUGUGGUGGGCUGUUGUUGGACUAACAGACCAGUGGAUCCAAGACAGAAUCACUCAAAUGAAGUACGUCACAGAUGUCGGGACUCUCCAGGGCCACGUCACUCGGCAUAAUCAUCGCAACGGGGACGAAGAGAACUCCCUUUCUAUCGACUGCAUGAGAAUCGCCUUCGAAUAUGACUUGUGCCUUGCCCUUUAUCAGCAUUGGUCUCUGUACGAAAGUCUCUGCAAUACUUGUUACACAUCUGCCAGCUUCAAGCUUUGGUCUGUUCAAGGCCAGAAGAGGUUGCAAGAAUUCUUGGCUGACAUGGGGUUGCCUUUAAAGCAAGUCAAACAGAAAUUUCAUUCCAUGGACAUGUCCUUGAAAGAGAAUCUUCGGGAAAUCAUUGAGGAAUCUGCAAAUAAGUUUGGAAUGAAGGAUCUGAGAGUGCAAACCUUCAGCGUCCAUUUUGGUUUUAAAAAUAAGUUUUUAGCCAGUGAUGUCGUAUAUGCCACGGUGGCGUUGAUGGAGAACAUGGAAAGGGAGGAGAGCCAAACUGAUAAUUUCAUCAAGGCGCUGGAUAGUCUUUCCAGGGGUAAUCUUGACCAGUUGCUUCAAGGACUGCAGCUGGCCAAAAAGCAGCUGUGCGCCAUCCAGCAGACUGUGGCCAGCUGCAUCUGCACCAACCUUGUCAUCAACCAGGGACCGUUCCUGUAUUGCUACCUCAUGGAGGGUACCCCAGAUGUGAAAUUAUUCUCCAGGCCAAUAUCCUUAUGUCUGCUCACCAAGUGCCUGCUUAAAUCCUUCGUUUCUUCGACCAGAAACAAGCGCUGCAAACUGCUGCCCAUGGUUAUGGCUGCCCCCAUGAAUCUCGAGCAAGGGACGGUGAUCAUGGUUGGGACCCCGCCUCACACAGAAAGCUCCGACAAAAAAAACUUUUUUGGGAGAGCGUUUGAAAAAGCUGCCGAAAACACCAAUUCUCGGACUUUACACAACCACUUUGACAUGUCUAUAAUCGAAUUGAAAAUGGAAGACAGGAGCAAAUUUCUCGAUGCCCUUAUUGCUCUUUUAUCCUAAUGGUAAGCUGUUGAAGAUCGUUAGUUGUUUCUCUCCCACUCUGGGGAAAAAUUUUAGAGCCACUUACCAUAUUUCACAUUGUGGCACUUGUUAUAUUUGGAAAGGUUUUUCUCUUCUUGGUGGAAGGGAACUGAUGCCUUGCCAUCUGUGUGUUUUAUUUUGUACAUAUGAAUCUGUAAAUACCUUGUGUCUACCAAAACUUUGUCUAGAUUUUAUGUAAGCCUGUUUUAAAACGCUUUUAACAAGUUUUAGUGUAACCAAUGCCAGUUUGUGCUUGGGAAAAUGAAAUCAAAUAAAUUUUUAAAUUUUC